AUGUGGGAUGAGCAAAAUCUGGCCGCUGUCGGCUUUACUCAUGCGAAAGACACAUCAUCCGGGACACCGGAUCUGACUCUCGAGUCCAUAGCACCAUCUACGGGCGCAUCCAGCCUGGAUCCCUACAGCACAAUCAUGUCCUCCUCACCUAUGUUUGGUCAAAACCCUCGCUCCAUCAUCUCCCCAAAAACUCGACGGUCAAGAGAGGGACAUGACAAAAAACGGUCGCGUUUAAAUACAGACUCCACUUCCUUUGACUCGGUGGACUAUUGGAUGCAGUUUGAUCAGGAUCAGCAGCAGCAGCAAAUGCAAAAACAACAGCAGCAGCAGCAGCAGCAGCAACAGAUAUUGCUGCAGCAACAACAACUCCAGCAACUACAACAACAACAGCUACAACAGCUAAAAUUGCAACAUGUACAGCAGCUACGUCGGCAGCAGCAAAAGGCGAAGGAGGAACAAGAGCAGAAAACGAAAGAGAAUCAGGGCCAAGAGACGUCCGUAACAGCAGACCCCAAGACAGUCUCUGGCUCUCAAGAAAGUGCCCCAACACCUCAGCUAUCAGCAGAGAUGACAACUCAAACGCUCUCACCUGGACAACAGAAGCCUGAUGGGGUGACACUUGACGACACGGCGUUGGAAAAGACUCUUUCAGAAGAGGGCGAUGAAGCUUUCUCGUACGCAUCCAUCAAUCUCACCGACCAGCUCUCGAAAAUCGACACGAUGCCACCAGCCGAGGUUCCGCAACGAGAAGGGCUGUACUCGACACCCCUAAGCUGGGAGCGGCCGCAGAUGGGUUUGCGGCUCGAUCCGAUGUUGGGCCUCCAGACUCCGACACUAAGCGAGACGGAACAACGCCGCCUGAUUGCAAUUGCGAUGAACACGGCGGCUCCAAUGGGUGGCGGGCUAGGCAACAAUACCAUGGGAGACAAUUACAACACAUUCUCCAUGUUUGGGCCAGGGCUGGGCACGGCACCAUUGGGCCAAAUGGCAAACAACGAUAUGAUGAGCGCCAUGAUGGCGCCUUCCUCGAGUUCCCCAGCAACAAAACCACAAGCGUCCUCUACCCCCCAGCCGUCAAAACAAACCAAGACCGACAAGGGCAAAGAGAAGCCCAAAUCUGCUGAUAGGGCCGCCCACAAUGAUAUCGAGCGCAAAUACCGUACAAAUAUAAAAGAUCGCAUCGCAGAACUCCGCGAUUCCGUUCCCACACUGCGCGCGAUCCCAGAGAAUAGCGUUGAUGAUGGCGAGGGCGAGAGCUCCAACCAGCAGGGACGUGCUCCCAAGGUAUCAAAAGGCACGGUCUUGACAAAGGCUACCGACUACAUCCACUAUCUAGAAAAACAGAACAAGGCCAUCAUGCAGCAGCACCAAGAGCUAUCCCGACGACUGCGAGCAUUCGAGCAACUCCUCAACGCCACCGCCCGUCCCACAUUUCCAAUGCCCAACUACAGCAGGACACUCUUCGACCCCAGAGCUUUCUGUUGA